UAUAAUGUAAAGAAAUUUAUAUAAGAAAGGCAAGAGUUGAAGAAUCAGCUACGGGAAAUAGGUAUAGUAGAGUAUAAUGUAAAAAUUAUAGUAGAAAGUGGCAAUAAUGACCAAGGACGGAAAUAUCUGUUUAAUUUUCUUAAGGAGGAUGGGACUGGAAGGACGAAUUUAAUUAAGAAAUAGUAAGUUACAGUGAGACAGCAGGUGGCAGUAAUGCAACAUUAUGGAUGUCAAUUGCUGUAAAACACAAAAGAAGAAGAAGAAGAAGAGGAAGAGAAAGAACCGUUUACUGACGGAGGACUUUUUUUUUUAAUUGAUUGUGGGGAGCAGCUGUUGUGUUAAAAGAUAUAGACCCGUCUGAUAUAAAUACUUAUUUAAAAAUUUUUAAUAAUUAUGAAUCAUUUGCGAAGAUGAAACGGCAACGAAAGCGUCUGAGUGAAGACUUCUGAUAGAUGGUCCGAAACACCUGCAGCGAAGUCUGAAUUCCUUAUACAGCCCAACACACCACCCCACCAUGUCUGAUGAGGAGAGGUCAGAGGUCAAGCUUGAGGAGGACGGGGGCAUGCCUCUGCUUGCCCGCCACCAGCCACAUGACUCCUAUUGCCUUGUCUAUGGCAUAUUUUUCGUGCUGGGAAUUGGCUCGCUGCUGCCAUGGAACUUCUUCAUCACAGCCAAGCAUUACUGGCUCUACAAGCUAAACAACAGUUCCAGCCCAGCCAGCCAUGAAGAGCUCCACACUAAUCUCAGCGAUUACUUCGAGAGCUACCUUACCAUUACAUCCACUGUUCCUUCAGUGUUGUGCCUAGUCCUCAAUUACCUCCUAGUGAACAGGCUGUCCUCUGAUGUUCGGAUCCUUUUCUCUCUGGCUGUCAUCCUGCUCGUGUUCAUAGUCACUACAGUGCUGGUGAAGAUGGAUGUGUCUGGCUGUAGAGAGAAGUUCCUAGGUGGUACUUUGGCCAGUGUUGCACUGGUCAGUGGAGCCUCUAACAUUUUCAGUGGCAGCAUGUUCGGCAUCAGUGCACAUUUCCCCAUGAGGAUUUCACAAGCACUCAUAUCAGGUCAAGCCAUGGGUGGCACUUUGAGUGCAGUGGCAUCCAUAGUGGAUCUGGCUGCAGCAAGUGAUGUGACCAGCAGUGCAUUAGCUUACUUCCUUACUGCUGACAUCUUCAUUCUGUUCUGCAUCAUCAUGUACCUGCUGCUGCCCAAACUGGCCUAUUCCAGGCACUACCUGGAGGCUUCCUGCGCUGGCACUGCCACCACAUCUGAUGGCUCUCUGUCCACUCCAGAAUCCACCAGCAAUCCAACUGUCACCUCUGUGCCCCCUCUCAAACCCAUCAUGGGAAAGAUGUGGACACUGAGCAUAUAUGUCUUCUGGGUCUUUUUCAUCUCAAUCACCAUCUUCCCAGCUAUCUCCUCAGGCAUCCAGUCAGUGGAUAAAGACUCAGGAAGCCCCUGGAGCAGCACCUACUUUGUGCCACUCACCAGCUUCCUUCUGUACAAUGUGGCAGACUUCUGUGGUAGGCAGAUCACAAUUUGGCUGCAGAUUCCUGGCCCAACCAGUCCUGUGUUACCUAUCCUUGUGGCUUGCAGGACUGCAUUAGUGCCACUCUUUAUGUUCUGUAACUACCAGCCCCGGUAUCACCUGCACCAGGUAUUUUUUGCCCAUGACAUUUUCCCUGUGCUGUUUGUUUGCCUGCUGGGGCUCUCAAAUGGAUAUCUGGGUACACUGACCAUGAUUUAUGGGCCCAAGGUGGUGCCACGUGACCUGGCAGAACCAGCUGGUGUGAUCAUGUCCUUCUUCCUGGCAGCAGGGCUGGCGGCAGGCUCUGCCCUCUCUGUUUUGCUUGUCUACAUCUUAUGACACAACUUUUAGAGCAUUUUAGGAAAACUGUUUAAUGUAGGUGUUUACAUAUAGCUCCAUCAAAUUUUUCUCAUUCAUUGACUGCUAAUUGAUUCCUCUUAAAUUUAGAUUGCUAUUUCAUAACUACAGUCUUAAACUUUUUUUAAGCCACAAGUAAAAGCUGAUUAGUCAGCCUCAUAUCAUUUGAAAUAUAGGGAAUGUGGACUUUCUAUGGCCCUUUUUAUAUGUUAAAUAUUAAAGAAUUUCAUAAAAAUUAAGAAAAAUCAAUUAUAGCUUUUCUUACAACAGUUGCUUAGAGUUUAAACUGGUCAUCUAGAUGGCUGCAUUUAAUUUGGAUAGUUCUAAACGGCAAUCAUCGUUAACAUCUGGGGAAUCACAUGUUGUCACAACCAAGAAACCUUAAACUGCGGAGAGCCUGCAGUCAAAAGGGGAACACGACAGAGCCUGUGCUAAAAUGAGAAUAAAUAUCGACAUGGCUUUUGAGAGGUGGCUACUACUCUGAGAUCUGAAGGGAUUGAAGUCUGAUGAGGAGAUGGCUUUUUUCUGUCGAACAGGUAAGACAUUUUUGUGGCUCAGUAGGUACUGAGCUGAGGCUGAGGAUGAGUAGCUGGUGGCCACACCAGAUACUGACUGUUACUUUUGCUAUUGACAACCCCUCCCACCACACACACACACACACACUCUUGUUCAGGGACUCAUUAUUCAAUUUCUGCUUGUCAAAUGUCUGUGUAAAUUGUUCUGUCUGUUGAAUGUUUUUAUGUUAAUACAAACAUUUACACACACACACACACACACACACACACAUAUAUACACACAUAUAUACAUAUAUAUAUAUAUAUAUAUAUAUAAAAUGUGUGUGUACAUUUGAGACUAAAUGGACUAAUUGUUGACAGACGUGCUACAAUGUUUUGUGGCAUUUAUAAUUAUUUUUUCAUACUGUUCUUAUACUUUUAAAAUAUCUUUUAAUAAACUGUGGCUAUAGGUGCUGUUGGAAUGCUAGAAAGGACUUUUCUGUGUUUCUGUAUUCUGCAUGUUAAUCAGGUUUCCGAUUACAAAUGGCCUGUCCAGUGUUCCCUGUAGAAAACAAAUGUUUCAAAUCAUUUCUACAUGUUGCUCUGCUGCUCAAUCUUUUUUAACAUAUCUAGAAUAUAUUGAUAAAGUGUAAUCAAUAUGUGUAACUAACAUUUGGUUAAUGAAUGUUAAUAAAGUACAAUUAAUAUGUAUGA